GGACAGCUAGGUACGAUCGUAGAGAACUCAAAACUUUCUCACAGGGCGGCUAUGGGACGAGGCGUGAAUCCAUGAUCGCUGCGUGCGCGGAGCUCCAAUCCAUCCUGGCGCAAUAGAUUCGAGGCAAGGAAAGGGAGAAUCGGUCAGCAUUCGAGCAGGGAAGGGUUUUAGGACGCCAUGGAUUGGAUCUAUCCACCGAGAUCCAGACGCUGGUGAAUCGAUCAGGAUGUAGCGAGCAAGCGAUCGUCGGUCAGCUAUGGCGGGAUUGGAAUUUGGUAAUGUUGUGGAAGAGCCGGUGAGGAGAGAGACCAAUCACGUAGGGCUCAUUCUAGCCCUUUCGUCUAGUGUGUUUAUUGGCUCCAGCUUUAUCAUGAAGAAGAAGGGAUUGAAGAAAGCGGGCGCCUCAGGAGUACGAGCAGGAGUGGGAGGUUAUUCUUAUUUAUUGGAGCCGCUAUGGUGGUCUGGCAUGAUCACGAUGAUCGUCGGCGAGAUUGCAAAUUUUGCUGCCUAUGCAUUUGCACCAGCGGUUCUCGUCACUCCUUUGGGAGCACUCAGCAUCAUCGUCAGUGCGAUUCUAGCGGAUAUCAUGCUCAAGGAGAAGCUUGCUGGACUGGGAAUUCUAGGAUGUCUUCUCUGUGUGGUUGGAUCCGUGGGGAUUGUCUUAAAUGCUCCCGAAGAACGUAUCAUGAAUUCAGUGGACGAAGUUUGGCAACUUGCUACAGAACCAGCUUUUUUGCUUUAUGCACUGGCAGUCGUUUCUGUGGUUCUCGUGCUCACGUUUCACUUUGUGCCUCGAAUCGGCCAAACUCAAGUUAUGGUCUACGUUGGCAUCUGCUCCUUGAUGGGAUCUCUUUCCGUCAUGAGUGCAAAAGCUCUGGGAAUCGCCAUCAAGCUUACAUUCCAGGGCUCUAAUCAGCUUAUUUACUCGCAAACGUGGGUGUUUGGAAUGGUUCUUGUCACCUGUGUGGUCACUCAGAUGAACUACCUCAACAAGGCUCUUGACACAUUCAACACAGCGGUUGUGUCACCAAUCUACUAUGUAAUGUUCACGACGUUCACGAUUGUUGCUAGCGUGAUUAUGUUCAAGGACUGGGAUACACAGAGCCCUCGAAAUAUUGUCUCCGAGAUUUCUGGUUUCAUCACCAUACUGUCAGGCACCUAUUUGCUGCACGUAACGAAAGACUAUGGCAAGGACAACUCGAUGGGUGUUUACACCAACCUUCCCUCUCAUAUAUAUUCUUCUCCGACGAGCUCUAAGCAAGACGUGGAAGCGCCCGGCGAAGAGAUGCCAAUGAGGCGUCAAUGAAGGAAAAAAAAUUCAUACAAAGGAAUUUUUCACGCAUUUGUACAGUAAGAAUUUUUGGUAGUAAUGCGAUUGUUCUUUACAGAUUGGCAUGGAA